CCAACUAGCAGGAGCUAGCUUGUCAGACGAGAAGACAGUACUCAGCGAAAUAAUAUCGACUGCUACCACAAUAACAACAACAACAACAACAACAACAGCUGCUGCUCUGUGCUCAGAGGAAAGGUGAACGUCCUGAUGUUGAGCACCUGAAAAUGCCACGUCCGAUAUUUAAUCGAAGUUAAGACGAUAUCACAUGAUGGAACUACCAGCACAAACGUGUUUUGACGGUUACCGCAUAAGGACAUGGGUCUGUUCUGACACGUCCUGAAAGCAUGGAGCGUUAAACUCAAUGCAUCGGAUGAAGUCACUUUCUCUCCAGAAACUGCAAAUUGCACUCAUAAAGAGACGCUAAAAGGAAAGACAUGUUUGCCAAGUUGAAGAAGAAGAUCGCCGAGGAGGCGGCCACAGCACCCAGGAGCGGUGUUCGUAUACCACGCACUAUCAGCAAGGAGUCCAUAACCUCAGUGGGAGCAGACUCAGGGGAUGACUUUGCAUCGGAUGGCAGCAGCUCCAGGGACGACCUGCCGGCCCAGCUGAUCAGGAGGAACGAUCAGAUACGGAAGCUGGAGGCCAAACUAACAGACUACGCUGACCAGCUACGAAUUAUGCAGAAGACCAAGGACAAGCUUGAAAUUGCAUUAGAAAAGCAUCAGGAUUUGUCCAUCAAGAAACUACAAGACCAGAAUGAGUCCCACCAAGCUAGCAGGGCCAAAUUAACAGAGGGGAUGGCUGUAGCACUGGAGAAGAAGGAUCAGGAGUGGAUGGAAAAAGUUGCUGCUGUCGAACAGGAGAAGGCUGCUCUGUCAGCCCGACUAGAAGAGACGAUGGAGCAAAGCUUAGCACUCUUCCAGAAAAGAGAUGACUUGGAUGAACUGGAGGGUUUUCAGCAGCAGGAGCUCGCUAAAGUUAAACACAUGCUGCUAAAGAAGGAGGAGCAGCUGAGCCAGCGGGAGCAGGAGCUCCAACAGAAGGAGGCCGAGGUUCAGUCAGCAAGGCGAGGGCUGUCUGAGGCUCGCGGGAAACUCAGAUCUCUGGAGCAGCAGCAUGAGGAGAGCAGCAGACUGAACUCUGAGUUUGAAAUAGAACGAGAGGAGCUGCUGCUGCUCCGAGAGGAGGCAGACAAGAAGGUCAGUGAGCUGGAGGGACGAUGCCAGGAGUUACAGUCAGUAAUCCAACAGGUCUCUGAAGACUUCCAGAAGUCUCAGAGUAUGGUGUCGACUUUAGAGAGGUCCCUCCACGAUUUACAGACUGAACACGACGCCCUGAAGUUACAACAACAAAAGGCUGCUGUCAUGGAGGAGGACAAAGAGCGCUUGUUAGCGGACCUUCAGAAGAAAGUGACGUCUCUGGAGAGGCGGCUGCAGGGGAACCUGAGUCAGGAUGAACAUCUACAGGAGCUUCUGCAGGAGAAGUCCAGCGUGGAGCAAAGCCUGGAAGAGACCAGAGCAGAGCUGCUUGCAGUCCGGACAAAUCACGCCGAUACCGUAUCCUCCCUGGAGACUCAGGUUUCAAGAAUGAGCUGCAGCAUCACUGAGCUGCAGACUCUUCUCCGACACAAAGACGACUCCUCCAGAGCCUACAGAGAGCGAACAGACACUCAGAUAGCUGAUCUGGAGCAGCAAGUGUCGGAGUGUGGAGAGAGACUGAAGAGCGCAGAGCAGCAGAUUACAGAGAAACAGCAGCAGGUGGAUAAGAUUGAAGGAGAGUGGGUUGCAGAGAAAGCCUUCCUCGAUCAGCAGGUGUGUUUGUUAGAGCAGCAGAAUCAGGAAAAGAGCAGCCGGCUGGAGGAAAGCAUCACCUCUCUACACACAGAGAGACAGAUGCUGCAGGACAGGCUGGCUGAUCUGAACAAACAGAUGGACGAGGCAAACUCAAAUCUGAGGACGCAGUCAGAAGAGCUGGAGCAGUGCAGGACGGAGUUGAUCAGCCGACAGACAGUGAGCACAGAAAUAGCCAAAGCUCUAGAGGACUCCAGAAGACAGAAGGAGGAGCUACAAACACAGGUUGCCGAGAUGACCUCAUCUCUUCAGACGUCGCAGCAGGACCUGUCCUCUGUCAAUGAGAAGCUCACUGAGAGAGAGAAAAGCAUCAAAAAACUUCAGGAUGAGGUGCAGCAUCGGCAGGAGUCUCUGGUCCAGCUGCAGGAGGAGGUGGAGCGGCAGCGGGCUCAGAUGGAGCAUAUGGAGCUGGACAAAGACUCCCAGCUGGUCGGCCUGAGGGAGGAGCUGCACAGCCAGACACAGCAGCUCGAUGGCUACCAGGCGAGGAUCUCAUACCUGGAGGUGGAGGUGGAAACGCUCACGGAGCAGCUAAACACUCCUGAAGUGUGUGAGGAGGAUCAGAACGGCACUGUGACGGUGGACGAUCUGGAUCACCUUCAGAAAGUCAACAGAGAGCUGGAGCAGCAGCUGAGCGACAAGAACAGGACCAUCAAGCAGCUGCAACAGAGACUUGCAGAACUGAAGAGGACCCUUCAAAAGGAACUGAAGCUGAAACCUGAACCAGAAGCUGAAGGAAAGGAGAAGUUGCCAGAAAGCAGAGCGGAAAAACAAGAGAGGGUUUUUUCGGACCCGCCACCAGCAUCGUCGCCGAGCCCCCCGACCUCCAACACCACAGUGACCAACACAUCGGACCUCAACGACUCACGGGAAAUCAACUUUGAGUAUCUCAAACACGUGGUCCUCAAGUUUAUGUCAUCCAGGGAGGCUGAGGCGUUCCAGCUGAUACGAGCUGUGUCUGUGCUGCUGAACUUCACUCGGGAGGAAGAGGACAUGCUGAAACAAACUCUUGAGUACAAGAUGUCCUGGUUUGGAUCCAAACCUUCUCCAAAGGGUGCCAUCCGGCCUUCAGUCUCAGGCUCUUCCACUCACUGGAGCUGAUAAGCAGCACAAAGAGCUCAGGUGAUGGAGAGACAGGACCUAAAGACAGGAGUCCUGGAGUCCUUCUUCUGUGAAUCCCUUCACUGAGCCGGAGUCUAGC